AUGGAUGAUAAGUCAACCACGCGGUUGGAGGUUAAGCCAUCAUUGAAUGGGACCACAAAAAAAUUGCCGACUACAGUUGUGGGCCAUCCACAGACAAACGGAAAUUCACUAAGUAUACAAAAGAGCCAGUCGAAUGCUUCAUUAGGAAGUCUGGGCCCGGCGCCUGCGAAUCUGAUCGUGUCUAAUAAAUCUUCGGCACCGGCUAAUCAAACUGAGCAACCAAAGCUAAUAUCGAAACAAACUCCAAGUCAGAUACAACCACAGAUACAAAACAACAAUCACCAUGUAAAACCGAAAGGAAAGAACUCAGGGAUACCGCACAAACAGCACCAAAAUAUACGGCAACACCCACUAAACAUCGCACCCAAAUAUGCCAAAAUUCAACCAGCUAUAGCGCCCAAACCAUCAAGUUCAACACCGAUGACCACGAAAUUCAAUCCAAUACCCAGCAGUAAGUUCCAGUUGCAAAUGAAACAAACAUUGGCACAAGAUGCAACUAGUUUAAAUACAUCCAAGAGAUGGAUUUUACCUCCUAGACCGAGACCUGGUCGAAAGCCAACAGGGGGAGAAUGUGAUAAAGUAACCAAGAAUCAAGUUAAUGGAAUAAAGCGGAAACCAAAGCCAAAAUCGGAGGCGAGUAGUAAAGAUAACGAUGUAAAGGACGAAUUGGAGAAAACUACAGUGCGAACGAGCUCGACGACGACGACGACAGCAGCAGCAACAUCAACAUCAAUCUCUGUUAAGAAAGAAUUUGGAACAGGGAGUUCCACAACUGUUGAUCAAAUCAAUGGGCGUGGUAAAGCAGUUAUCAGUAAACUGAAGGAUCCUGUUCCAAGUGGUACAACACAACCCUUGGCUACCGAGCUGCGAUUGGAGCAAACAGCCACCCCCUCCCCACCAACAAAGACUGUAGCUGCAGUCAAACCAACUACAAAAAGGGAAACCACCAGCGAUGGAGUGGCAGUACAAUCAGAACAAAAGUUGUCGCUGAAAUUGCUGUUGCCCUCUCCUUUACCUCCACCACCGCCCCCAAUCAAAUCAGAGGACCCAAAUGUGCAAAUAUCAGAGUUGAAGUUGUCCUAUUUGUCUAAAUUGAAAGAACAGGAAAUCAUAAGAAACUACGUUGAAGUACUAACAAAACAGAUCAAAGAACUAAGCUUUGUUCAAAAUGGUGUAAUCACUUUUGAUGCUUUAAAAAACAAUUCCAAAGUUUCUCCCAAUUCUCAAAGAAUAACGUCAACAUUAACUAAAUCAAAGUGCGAUCAGUUGGAUUCAAUUAACAAUCUUAAUGAUUUAAACAAAUUUUUGACUUAUCUUAGCAAAUCCUCAGAUAUAAUCAAGAGUGCUAAGCGACAGCCAAGUGAAUCUAUAACGACUACAUCAGAUGGCUUAAAUCAACAAAUCGAUAGCUAUGUUCAAUUGAGGAAUCGUUUCAAAUUGUUGAAUCAGACAAAUGGGAAGAGCACAAAUAAAAAGAAGAUGAAUAAACGUCUGGGAGACACUUCAACGGGUGCAAAACAAAAGAAUUCCUCCACACCAGUGUCAGUAACCACCCCUAAACACACUAGUCCCAAACAACCAUUUACUCCUGACUUGUUGCGACCUUUGAAUGCUUCAAACUUAUUUACCGAUCCCAAUUUGGAUUUGAUGGAGAUGGAUUUGCAAACAGAGACGAUCGAAGCAUCUCCAUCGACAGCGGAAAUAUUGACCAAUGAUGAUAAGAUAAAAAGUACUGGAGACAGUUUAUCUUUAGAUUACGAGGCGAAUAAAUAUGGAGCUUGCAGUGAAGACAACGACGCUGACUUUUUCCACGUUGAUGAACAUGAUUUUUUAAGCAGGUUGGUGUUGGAUGAUUCUACACCGAUAGAAGAGACCGAAUUAGGUGAGGUUAUGAUACACAACAACAAUGAGGAAAAAAAUAAUGAUGCAACCGCCAAUGAAGUAAACACCCAAGAAGGUGGAUCUAGUAAAAUUGAAGUGGUCAAAGGUAAUUCCAUUAAUAACGAUACGAUUAUGAAGAAAAAAAUGAAAUUUAAUUGUGGUUUUUGUACAAAUGAUACUCCGUGUUUAUGUUUUGACUCCGAUUUGGAAAUAAGUCGAUUGAAUUAA